UUGAACCACUCACGUGCAGAGAUCCGCAAAAUUCUCUCACCGGGACAUGGCCAGCAACAACAGCACAGCGGCGAGUGGAUUGCCCAACGCUCCACAGAGUUUCUCAACUGCUGCCGCGAGAUUCUUCCAGUCUUCGACGUGCUCGGCCCGAAUCUGUUCUCUCCAAUGAAGAAGGACCUCGAGGGCAAUAUCAAUACCUUGCAGAAGACAUACGAGAAGGACCCGCCUGCUUCAGAAUACCUGCUGGCUAUGAUCCAGCGCGAAAGGGACGCAGGAAAGACUGAAGCCACGGUAGCUCUCCUGUGGCUCAAAAGGACCUUCGAGUUCAUCAGUGCCUUCUUGAAGCAAAUACAAGAAGGAAACGAAAAUAUGGUGCAGGCUGCUCGAAUUGCGUACGACGCCACCAUAAAGAAAUACCACAACUUCAUUGUUCGCGGGGUUUCUGCGAUGAUGCUCAACGCAAUGCCACGGUUCUCAAAGUUCGUAGAAGACAUGGCACCGUCUCCUGAGGACUGGAAGCACCCUGACUAUAUGAGACAGUUGCUUGCGCAAUGUGCUGAAUAUAUCACGGCCCUCACGAAGGUCCUCAAUGACAUCGAUGAGUUCUACAAACGUUCGAAUCUCGAUGUGGAUUGAUCUUCAAAACUGAUUGUAUGCUCCCACCUACUGUGGUCACAAGUUAUAUUUGGUGCCAAAAGUU